AUGAGUUCCAAACAAAUGCGUAUCGCUAUUGUUAGUGAUGAUAAAUGUAAACCAAAAAAAUGUCGUCAAGAAUGUAAAAAAUCAUGUCCUGUUGUUAAAACUGGUAAAUUAUGUAUUGAAGUUACACCAACAAAUAAAAUUGCAUUCAUUUCAGAAACUUUAUGUAUUGGUUGUGGUAUUUGUGUUAAGAAAUGUCCAUUUGGUGCUAUAAAUAUUAUUAAUUUACCAACAAAUUUAGAAAAAGAAGUUACUCAUCGUUAUUCUGCAAAUAGUUUUAAAUUACAUAGAUUACCAACUCCAAGACCUGGUCAAGUUUUAGGUUUAGUUGGUACUAAUGGUAUUGGUAAAUCAACUGCUUUGAAAAUUCUUGCAGGUAAACAAAAACCAAAUUUAGGUAGAUUUGAUGAUCCACCUGAUUGGCAAGAUAUUUUAAAACAUUUUAGAGGUUCUGAAUUACAAAAUUAUUUAACUAAAGUUUUAGAAGAUGAUAUUAAAGCUAUUAUUAAACCUCAAUAUGUUGAUAAUAUUCCAAGAGCUAUUAAAGGUCCAGAUACAAAAGUUGGUCAAUUAUUAAAAGCAAGAUUAGAAAGAAAAGAUUCAAUUAAACAAAUCUGUAAUGUUUUAGAAUUAAAUCAUAUUUUGAAAAGAGAUGUUAAUGCAUUAUCUGGUGGUGAAUUACAAAGAUUUGCUAUUGGUAUGACUUGUGUUCAAGAUGCUAAUGUUUAUAUGUUUGAUGAACCUUCUUCAUAUUUAGAUGUUAAACAACGUUUAAAUGCUGCUUUAAUCAUUCGUUCAUUAUUACAUGCUCAAUCUUAUGUUAUUGUUGUGGAACAUGAUUUAUCAGUUUUAGAUUAUUUAUCAGAUUUUGUUUGUAUUUUAUAUGGUAUGCCAUCAGUUUAUGGUGUUGUUACAUUACCUGCUUCAGUUAGAGAAGGUAUUAAUAUGUUUUUAGAUGGUCAUAUUGUUGCAGAAAAUUUAAGAUUUAGAACUGAAUCUUUACAAUUUAGAUUAGCUGAUGCUCAAGAUGCUAUGCAAUUAGAUGCUUCAAGAUAUUAUUCUUAUCCUGCAAUGUCAAGAACUCAAGGUGAUUUCAAAAUUCAUAUUGAAAAAGGUGAAUUUAGUGAUUCAGAAAUUUUAGUUAUGAUGGGUGAAAAUGGUACAGGUAAAACUACAUUCUGUAGAUUAUUAGCUGGUGCAAUUCCUGCAGAUAAUGAUUUAGAAGUUCCAAAAUUAAAUAUUUCAAUGAAACCACAAAAAAUUGCACCAAAAUUUACAGGUACAGUUAGACAAUUAUUUUUUAAAAGAAUUAGAGCUUCAUUUUUACAUCCACAAUUUCAAACUGAUGUUUGUAAACCAUUAAAAAUUGAUGAUAUUAUUGAUCAAGAAGUUCAACAUUUAUCAGGUGGUGAAUUACAAAGAGUUGCUAUUACAUUAGCAUUAGGUGCUCAAGCUGAUAUUUAUUUGAUUGAUGAACCUUCAGCUUAUUUAGAUUCUGAACAACGUAUUAUUUGUUCAAAAGUUAUUAGAAGAUUUAUUUUACAUGCUAAAAAGACAGCUUUCAUUGUGGAACAUGAUUUUAUUAUGGCAACUUAUUUAGCUGAUAGAGUUAUUGUUUUUGAAGGUCAACCAUCAAAAGAAGCAUUUGCAAGAGAACCAGAAUCUUUAUUAACUGGUUGUAAUAAAUUUUUGAAAAAUUUAAAUGUUACAUUCAGAAGAGAUCCAAAUUCUUUUAGACCAAGAAUUAAUAAAUUAGAUUCACAAAUGGAUAAAGAACAAAAAUCUCAAGGUAAUUAUUUCUUUUUAGAUAAUUCUGAAUUAUAA